AUGUCAAAGAGGGAACUUGAACAAGAUGAUGGUCAAGCUGAGACCAGCACGACCAACAGCGGCAACGACAACGAUACAGAGGCAUCAAAGAAGAAGCAUAGGAGAGAACUACCAUUUGAACAUAUAUACUUGGAUAACUUACCAAAGACAGAGAUGUAUGAGCGUAGCUUUAUGCAUAAGGACGCAUGUUCAUCAGUAUACGUGACAAAGACAGAGUUUAUAAUCACUGGUGAUAUACUAGGUUAUAUCAAGUUCUGGAAGAAACAGCCAGUUGGUAUAGAGUUUGUCAAGACAUUCAAAGCGCACAAUGGACUGUUCUCAAUGAGUGUCAGCUACGACGGACUGUGGCUGUGCUCCGUUGGCAUUGACAAGAAUGUCCGUAUAUUCGACAUCAACAACUUUGACAUUGUAAACUCAUUCAAGUUGGACUAUUUACCAUUGACAUGCCAGUGGAUAUAUGGAAAGGAGUCUGGCAAACAACUGGUGGCAAUAUCAAGCCGCGAAUCACCAAACAUAUAUAUAUACGAUGCCAAGUCUGAUCUGUCAUCAGUUGCACUACAUACAUUGUCAAUCCAUCGAAAGCCCGUACAUCUGAUCAAGUACAACAAUGCACAUCGAUCAGUUAUCUCUAUAGACUUGGCUGGUUCAAUCGAGUAUUGGUCACCGGAUGAGGACUACAAGGAGCCCAGCGCAUCACUGGACUUCUCGCUAAAGAUGGACACCGAUCUCUAUUGUUUGCUCAAGGAGAAGACCGUGGCCAUGUCACUCGAGGUCAGCGGCAAGGGCAAAUACUUUGCUGUGAUGUCACGUGAUCGCAAGGUGCGCGUGUUCACCUUUUCGACAGGCAAGCUUCACAGGGUCUACGACGAGUCGUACGCCGUGCUCAGUCAGCUUCAGAAGGAGGAGGACACUGUAUAUCACAUCGAUCCCAAUGACUUUGGCCGACGAAUGGCCGUUGAGCGUGAAAUUGAGGCUGUGUUUGAUGCGGCCGUUCAGCCGGACAGCCUUCUCAAGAGUGCGCCACCACCUCCAUCCAACAUCCUCUUUGACGAGACUGAGAACUUUGUAAUCUAUCCAACGUUGGUUGGAAUCAAGAUCGUCAACAUCGUCACAAACAAAGUAGCAAGGGUACUUGGAAAGAUUGAGAACACGACUAGAUUCCUUGGAUUGGCGUUGUAUCAAGGAAAGAAUGAGGGCGAUGUAUUCAUGGGCACAAAGAAGAGAGAUGUUGACCCUGACCCAACACUAUUCUGUUUGGCGCACAAGAAACAGAGAUUCUACAUGUUCACAAGGAGAGAGCCAGAGGACUCUGGAAGUGCCGAGAUGGGAAGAGAUGUAUUUAAUGAGAAGACGACAAAGGAUGAACAUUUGAUGCUGCAGAAUGCCGCAAGACAAUUGCCAAAGAAUGCGAUUAUACAUACGACUGCUGGAGACAUUAGCAUCAUGUUGUUCCCAGACGAGUGUCCAAAGACAGUGGAGAACUUCACUACACAUGCCAAGAAUGGCUACUACGACGGCAUCAUAUUCCAUCGUGUGAUCAAGGGCUUCAUGAUACAGACGGGCGAUCCACAGGGCGACGGCACAGGUGGCACCAGCAUCUGGGGCAAGGACUUUGAGGAUGAGUUCAGUCGCAGUCUCAAGCACGACAGGCCGUUCACCGUGUCGAUGGCCAACGCAGGCCCGGGCACCAAUGGCAGUCAGUUCUUCAUCACCACCGUACCAGUUUCGCGACUCGACAACAAGCACACAGUAUUUGGACGUGUCUACAAAGGACAGGAUGUCGUGCUUCAGAUUGAGGGUGCCAGGACUGAUCGCGAGGAUAGACCAAUGGAGGACAUCUCAAUGGUCAGCAUUAAGAUCACCAACGAUGUUCCAGACGAGUAUAAACAGAAGAAGUGA